AACCUUUCGCAGGAACAGAAGGGGUUUAGCACGAUCGUGAGCGACACGGAGAAGCAGCGGUUGCUUGCGCUCCAGAAGAUGCAGCAGUUAGAAACGUACUGGAAAGAAAAAAUCGCGGAGGUGCAAAAAGAAUUUCUCGAGAGAAGUAGUAGUACGGCAGCG